AUGGCGGACUGCUACAAGCUCACCGCCGUGGACGACUUCACCAAGUAUGUCGAGGCCUUGUCGGACGAGACGGGGUAUGAGGACAGCAGACUCCAGGAAUGCAAGACUGUGAUCUGCCAGGCCAUCUACGGCAUCGGCAACCCAGACAUCUCGGGCAUUGGCGUCGCCAUCGGCUACAUCAUAGGGAUCGCCCUCGGCUUCACCCUCGCCAUCCUCCUCCUCCUCCAAACCCGCCUCGACCCCCCGCUCCGAUCUGUCCCCUCGCAGGUCCUCCUUACCGGCCUCCGCAGCUUCUUCAACGCCGCCGCCUUCUUCUCCAUCGCCGUCCAGAUCGCCACCAUCUCCCUCCUCGUCCAGAAGGACUUCGGCAUCGCCACCUCCGACUUCGGCGCCAUCGAGGCCCAGAUCGCCCAGGCCGUCUCCGUCGUCUCGUUGCUGCCCCUGCUCUACCCGGCCCUCAUACUUAGUGGCAUAGACUCCUCCCGGUCUAACCCUCGCCUCUUCCUGCUCAACCUCGCCGCCGCGCUCUCCUUCUACCCCUUCCUCUCCCGCAACCUGCACGCCUUCGGGCCGGACGACUCCCGCCCUAUCGGCGACGGCUCGGGCAGCGACGUAUCAACGGCCGACUGGAGCAAGGUGGAGAGGCUGUGCUUCGCUGACGGGCUCGACGCCCUGCGCGGCGAUACACUAUACGCCGCCAUCCCGCCCCUCGAGCUCGCCGCCUCGCUGGUCGUGUACCUCGCCACGCUCUGGCAGAUGUGCGGCCUCGUCGGCGCGCACUACUCCCCCUCCCCCGUCAAGGACCAGAAGCGACACGCCGUCGUGGUCAGCGCCGGCCGCGUCGUCCUCUGGCGGAGGAGGGUGGGCGAGUGGCUCCGCGGGCACCGGCUCUGGGCCGCGCUGCUCAUGCUCGUCCCGCUGGGGCUCGCGGCCCCUCUGCUCUGGGUCAUCUUCCACCUGCGGGGUCUGCAGCAGGAGCUGGCGAGGAACGUGGAGGAGGACUACGGGGGGAACAACUGGGGGUUUGGGCAGAUUGUGGCUGUUGUUUUGUACCUCCCUGUGGCGGUUGAUAUGUUCUACCGGGGGAGGUUUGGAUACCAGGUUUGA